AUGUUUCUAUCUUUUUCUUUCUCUCUGAUUCUUUGCUGUUCUUUCUUUCUUUUUCUCUCAUCCUCUAUCUUUAUCUAUGUUUAUCUAUCUAUCUGUAUAUACCAUUCUCUCUUUUUCUUUCUUUUUCAUUCUCUUUCUUUUUUCUGUUUUUCUUGUAUUACUUUUAUUAUUCUUCAAUCAUUCCAUUUCUCUUUCUCUCUCUCUCUCUCUCUAUCUAUCUAUCUAUCUAUCUAUCUAUCUAUCUAUCUUUUGCUUUCUUUUUCAUUCUUUCUUUUUUCUUCAUUCUGUUCUAUCUAUCUAUCUAUCUAUCUAUCUAUCUAUCUAUCUAUCUAUCUUAGUCAUUCUGUUCAAAUCUAUCUAUCUAUCUAUCUAUCUAUCUAUCUAUCUAUCUUAGUCAUUCUGUUCAAAUCUAUCUAUCUAUCUAUCUAUCUAUCUAUCUAUCUAUCUAUCUAUCUAUCUAUCUUAUCAUUCUGUUCAAAUCUAUCUAUCUAUCUAUCUAUCUAUCUAUCUAUCUAUAUCUAUCUUAGUCAUUCUGUUCAAAUCUAUCUAUCUAUCUAUCUAUCUAUCUAUCUAUCUAUCUAUCUAUCUAUCUAUCUAUCUAUCUUAGUCAUUCUUUCAAAAUCUAUCUAUCUAUCUAUCUAUCUAUCUUUCAUUCUGUUCAAAUCUAUCUAUCUAUCUAUCUAUCUAUCUAUCUUAGUCAUUAUUUCAAAUCUAUCUAUCUAUCUAUCUAUUAUCUAUCUAUUCUAUCUCUUUUUUUUCUCCUUUUCUUUCUUUCUUUUUUUCUUUUUUUCUCUUUAUCUAUCUAUAUUUCUCUAUCUAUCUCUUUAUAGCUUUCAAUCUAUCUAUCUAUCUAUCUAUCUAUCUAUCUUAAUCUUGUCAGCAGUGAAAAUUAGCGUUGGAGCUCCUAGGGUACUAUCAAUUAACGCUCUCUCUCUCUCCCUCUCUCUCUCUCUCUCUCUCUCUCUCUUUCACGGUCUCUCUCUCUCUUUCAUUCUCUCUUUUUCACGCUUUCUCUUUCUCACUCCUUCUCACUCUCUCUCUCUCUUUCACUCUCUCCUUUUCACGCUCUUUCUCUUUCUCUCUUUCACUCUUACUCUCUAUCUAUAUAUCUCUUCAAAUAUUUUUUAA